CCCGCGGCGGGGCGCCCUGGUCGGUGGAGUCCGGUCUUUGUUCCGGUGGCUGCGGGGGGCUGCCGUGGCGCUUGCGUCCCUACGCGCGUCAGGGUGAGUCGGCCGUGUCUCCUGGGCUGGGAAAGGGACGCGGGAGGGCUCCCUCGGCGUGGUCCCGCGCUUGUGCGGGGGGGACGGGAUGAGAGCGGACGCCCGGGAAGCUGCGCCCCGCGGGCCGUGGAAUCUGAGUGGUCACUCGGUGCUGACGGGUGCGUGCCGCUUGUCAGUCCCGUGAGAAACCCGAGGAUCUCACAGGUGGUCUGAAUGAGAGCCUGGUGUCAGACCGUGGCCCCGCUUCAGCGUUGGAAGACGGUCGGCUCGCUCUGGUACCUUCGUGAGUGUCCUGUCCACAGCAGCUUGGUCGUUUCUCUGCGGUAACAGGAGUCCAGCCCCAGAGAGGACUGUCCUCACGCAACCAGAAUGGCCGCAACCCCGAAACCCGAAGAACAGGAAGGACUCGUGAUGAUCAAGCCCGAAGACCACUCCUGGGCACAGGACGCGAUCCCCGCAAACUACAGCCCUCACAGGAGGGAGCUCUUCAGGCAGCACUUCAGGAAGCUGUGUUAUCAGGACGCUCCCGGACCCCGCGAAGCCCUCUCCCAGCUCUGGGAGCUCUGCCGCCAGUGGCUGAGGCCGGAAUACCACACCAAGGAGCAGAUUUUAGACCUGCUGGUGUUGGAGCAGUUCCUGAGCAUUCUUCCUCGGGACCUGCAAGCGUGGGUGCAGGCGCACCAUCCGAAGACAGGAGAGGAGGCGGUCACCGUGCUGGAGGACCUGGAGAGGGAGCUGGAGGAACCGCGCAAGCAGGUGGGAAGGGGACACUCGGCUGUGAAAGAACAUCUGAAGCUCCCAGCCAAUUCAGAAAGACAGGACACGCUUUUGGACAAGUUGACCCCCUUGGAAAGGCCCCAUGAGUCACUGACUACCCAGCUCCGUCCCAAGAAGACUCAGCAGGAGCAGGAAUCCGGGGAGCCCCAAAGGAAUGGUAAUAAAACCAGAAUUAAGGAUGAAGCUCUGUCCCAGAAGGAACAUAGGCCCAAGGAUACAGAAUUCCUUGGGAAGAUAAAUGACAGACUUAACAAAGACAUUCUUCAGCAUCCUGAAUCCAAAGAUGCUACUGAAAGUGAAGGUAGAUUAGAGUGGCAACAGAAGGAAAGAAGACGCUAUGCAUGUGAUGACUGUGGGAAAAGUUUCAGUCACAGCUCAGACCUUAGUAAGCACAGGAGGACUCACACUGGAGAGAAGCCCUACAAAUGCAAUGAAUGUGGAAAAGCGUUCAUUCAACGCUCCCAUCUUAUUGGACACCACAGAGUACACACUGGAGUGAAACCCUAUAAAUGUGAAGAAUGUGGGAAAGAUUUUAGUGGGCGCACAGGUCUUAUUCAGCAUCAGAGAAUCCACACAGGUGAAAAACCCUAUGAAUGUGAUGAGUGUGGGAGGCCUUUCCGUGUAAGUUCAGCCCUGAUCAGACAUCAAAGAAUUCAUACCGCAAAUAAGCUUUACUAAGAUGGUGAAGUAACAGAAGUUCUUCAGCUACUCAGGUCUCCUUAGUUAUCAAAGAAUAUGCCUUAGGAACUAUGAGUAUCCUGAAUGUAGGCAAUGAUCCUUCAGUCAUUAAACAUUUCUCUGGCACCAGAGAAUAUA